CAGACAGAGGCAGAGUAAAACCUUCAGCCGCCUGCUGCCAUUCGGCCCGGGGGCUGGGGACUGUCUCCUGGAGGAGGCGGAGAUACAUUCUGCAGCGUCUGGAGGGGCGAGGAGGAGAAGUGUCUGAUCCUUUGACACGGAGAGAAAGAAGAGGAAUACAGAGGAAAAGGAGGAAUACAGAGAGGGAGAGAAGGAAUUUGGAGAAAAAAAGAGGAAUACAGAGAGAACGAAGAAUCCAGCGAGACAGGAGAAGAAAACGGAGAGAGGAGAAAUACAGAUAACAAGGGAAUACAGAGAGAGAGAGGAGGAAUACGACGAGAAGAGGAAUACAGAGAGAGAGAGAAAGAGAAACACAGAGGGAAAAAAAGAAAGAGGACGACAGAGAGGAGCACCGAGAGUGAGAGAGAGAGGGAAGGAAUACGGCGAGAAAGAGAAAUGGAGAAAAAGAGGAAUACAUAGAGAGGAGGAAUACAGCGAGAAGAGGAAUACAGAGAGAAAAAAAGGAAAUCGGAGUAAAAGAGGAGGAAUAAAGCUCGAGAGAAAAAGAGGAAUACAGCAAGAAGGAAGGAGAGAGAAAAAAAAGAGGAGGAAUACAGAGGAAUUGAGAGAGAAUGAACUGAAUUAAGCUGAGAACAUGGAGCCUGUGUGAGGAGAGGAGUGAAUGUGGAGGGAGCUGUCCAGGGGCUGAUGAUGGUCAAUGCUGCUGCCUCCUCGCUGCCUGGGUUUAUAUAAUACCCGCUGUGUCAAUGAGCGCCCCCGGGGGCAGCGAGCCAGGAGCCCCCGGUGUCCCCGCCCCGGCCCCCGCCGCCGCCGCCGCCCCCGCCUGAGGAAUGGGCUCCCUCCCCGAAGCCUCCGCCUCCGCCACCGCCUCGGCCGGGACGGUGCGGGCGGCCGGCGCCGAGCCCCCGCCGGGCGGCGUGCCCCGGCGCCAGGAGUCGCCGAUGUUCCGCCUGGACCUGGACAACUUCGACAGCUCGGAGGCGGAGGGCAGCCGCUACGUGCUGACCAGCCCGCGCUCGCUGGAGGCCUGCGCCCGCCGCGGGGUCCGGCCGGUCGAGCUGCUGCACCGCGGCGUCAACGAGUUCGCCCGCGGGGCGCCCGGCCGCUCCAUGCGGGUGGCCAGCGGCCUCUACGAGGUCUACGAGCGGGAGCGCCGCCGCAAGCUGGGGGACUGCAGGCAGGAGAGGGAGAAGAUCAUCCGGGAGGAGGAGGAGGGCAGGCGGAGGAGGAGGAGGAGGAGAGCGGGCGGCGGCGGCGGGUUGCUCAGGAACAGCCUGCCCCCUUCCCCCAGCCCCGGCCGGGCCCUCAGCCUGGGCCCGGGCCCGGGCCGCUCCAGGAGCCAGUCGGUGGACCAGCUGCAGCGGAAGCCGCCGGCGGGCGGCGAGGUGGCCUCCUCGGACUCGGGCGCCUCCUCCUGCUCCUCGGCGGCCGCCCGGGAGGCGGGCGCGUGGAGCGGCAGCGGCGGCGGCGGCACCACCGCCCGGGGCCGCCCGGCGCCGGCCUGGGGCCUGGGCAAGAGCCUGAGCCUGGGCGACCUGUGCCAGUCGCCGGAGACCGCGCAGAAGGUGGCGCGGAUGGCGCGCGAGGUGCGGCGGAGCGCGCGCGCCGAGGUGCCCGCGCGCGACCGCAAGAUCGCCGCGCUGAUGCUCGCCCGGCACCAGGAGGAGGAGCUGCUGAGCAGCCGCAGCCACCGCACGCACGUGGAGUGGGAGGCGCGGCGCCGGCGCGAGGCGGCGAGGCGCGAGGCCGAGGAGCGCGAGCGGCAGAGCGCGCUGCGGCACGGCCAGCGGGCGUGGGAGAGCCGGCGCGAGGCGCGACGCUCGCAGCUGAGCCGCGAGCAGGGCGAGGCGGCCAGCGUGCGGCAGCAGCGCUCCGCCCUGCACGAGGAGAAGUGGAGGCUGCUGGCGGGCAGCCAGGAGCGCCAGAGGCGGGGCCGGCGGGAGCACGCGAGGCUCGAGGCGCGGGAGAGGAAGGCGCAGCAGGAGCAGCAGCUGAGGGCCCAGGAGCUCGAGGACGAGGCGGGCGUGCAGCUGCGCGACCGGCUGCUGCACCAGAAGCUGGCGGUGGCCGGGCACAAGAAGGCGGAGAAGGAGCAGCGGCAGGCCGAGCAGAGGAAGCUGGCCAACGCGGUGGAGCGGCUGAAGCACGAGGCCGCCCUGAAGGAGAUCUCCAGGGAGGUGGAGAUGGAGAGGAAGGUGCUCAGGCGCUCCCUGGAGCAGAAGCUGGCCCACUCGCAGGAGAAGUACGAGCAGCUGGUGGAGCAGCGCAACAGGGAGCUGCGGGAGCGGGCCAGCCGCGAGCAGCUGCAGAGCCGGCGCGCGAGGGUGGCCGCCGAGCAGCACGAGCGGCAGCACCAGGAGCACCGGGAGGCGCUGGCGCGAGCCGCCGACAGGAGGCUGCAGCACGCGACCCAGGCGGCCCAGGAGAAGAUCCACGAGGUGUCCCGCCGGGCGGUGGAGAGCCGGGCGGAGAGGGAGAGGGUGCACCGGCUCAACAGGAUGAAGCUGCAGGAGGACGAGGAGUGCAAGCGCAGGGAGAUCCAGGACUCCAUCACCCGGAAGCUGGAGAAGAGCGAGCGCAUCUUCCGAGAGAGGCAGAUCGCCCUGGAGAACUCGCGGUCCCUGGCCAGGGCCUCCUUCCAAAUCCGGGACAAGGUGCGCCUGGAAAUAAACACCAGGACUUUCGACAAGAUGGCCCUCGAGGCAGAACUGCAUGCCCACCUGGACAAAAAGUAGGCCGGGCAGAGUUCCCCCCCUCUCAACCUCUGUGCUAACCCAGGGAACCAACCCAAAGCCUGCCCCCCUUUUUUAUACAUAUAUAUAUAUAUAUAUAUAAAACUGUUUAUAUUGCAGGAGAUUCAGUGUGUCGUGCAGCAUACCAUGUGCGUAAUGCUUUGAUGUUGACAAGGGUACAGAGCACAAUUGAGCAACUGGGUAAAGGGUGUCUUUGAUUUAAAGUUGCCUUUUAACACUUAUUCAGCUGAAUGUUUGUACGGCCCUGUGCCCCUUUUAAUGGGUACGAAAUGUUGGCAGCUACUAAACUUCGGCUAUGGAAGGGAUAUCUGUUGUUCCAUACGAUAUGGCCAAGAUCCUUUCUCGCAGGACCAAUCUAUACAGUACACAGUCGCUGUAGAUUCUUUUUUAGUUUUAAAGUUACUGUUUAAACACUGGAAUGUCUUAACUCUGGUCUAACCUCGUUCGCCCAAGCUGCUGGGAUCUUCGUAGUAAAAAUCCUUUAUCUGGUCCACUUACAUCAGUUUUGAUUAAGCAAAGUCAGUGCAAUAAGUUUGAACUUUUAGGUUUACAGUGAAUGGAUGUACCGAGUGAGUGUAGAUUGUUGAAAAGUGUGGUUGGUACGGCAGCGAAUUUGGAUUGCGAGUGAACAGAGAAGUGAACUCAGGUACUGGAAAGGCUGGAAACGAGUGGGAAAUGAGGUGGAGUGGUGAAUGGGAAUGGUAUCGUCCGAACUCAGGAAUAUGUAAUCAGUAAUCGGACCCGAAAGAUGGGAAAUUGCUGUUCCUCAGGUUAAGGUUCCAUUUUGAAAUCCAACGUGGUGGCCUUAUCUGGUUAGCAUUGCGGCUGUGACCACAGAAGUGUCCCAUAUCCUGUGUGUUUGGGGAAAGAGUCUCUCCGAUUGAUUUCCCCACCCAACUACCAUUUUCUCACAUCCCAGUCCUUCCCUUUGGUAUUUAUUUGCGUUAUGGGAAUAUUGAUCCAUUCAGGGAUUGAAUUUCAUUUGAAGCAUCUGCUGUCUGGUCUGUUAAGUGGAUUGAUGCCUUGUGGACCAGGGAUAAUGGGAGGGAUGGUGAAAGGGAUGACGAGAGAGAGCACAUAUAUACUUUUGUAUAUACUACACUAUUGGAGUGCUUCAUCUCUUUACCUCCACCCCAUCCCCAGAAUGUUAUUUAAUUUAAAUGUAAGUUUCCUUUGAAAGUGGUUAUUUGUUAGUGAUUCUGUGAGAUUCUACAAUUCGAUUCUAUGAUUCUACAGUGCCACAUUAGGGGUUCCUCGGUUCAUUAACAAAUUUUAUUUAAUAAUUUUUAAGAGUGGACAUGUACAGUAAACAUACCUUCACCACAAAUAUAUUGACGUGGUGUUGGAAGUUUGUCAAUAACAUUGGAGAGAUCGUUGUUGAAUUAACCAAAGUUGUCAUAGUUAAUCACACGCAUCCUUGUAUUGUUGCUAUUGCUAGUGGACUAGUAAUGCACAGGAGGUGAGUUUCAGGAGCACUGUGAUAAUUGGAGAACUUUUAAAAGUCUGGAAGUAAACUGGUACAGUGAGAAAGAAAAGAGUCCAGGAGGUUGUCGGACAGUUGCUCGAAACUUAAUGAGAAACCAGCCUAUGUAUGUGACUCCAGUGUCACACUGAACCCUUAACUGCCCUUGGAAGCGGCCUAACAGGCAAGGCAUAGUCCCACCAUCUUCUCAGGGUGGCUACGGUUGAGUGUGUACAUCAGCCUUAUCAGUGUGAUCUCAUAUCCUGAGACUGACCUUUAAAACAUUGAAGCGUUCACAAAGCCAACGUCAACUGGGACUUGCUCCUCUCCCUCUCCCAGUUAAAACAUCUGAAUCUGGUUUUUACACAGGAGAAUAGAUCAAAGACAAGACAGGAAUUCUGAAUUUUUGUCACCUGACUUACACUCUGUCCACAGUGCCAUCUGUUCAGUGUGAGAAGAAAGCAGACUAUCGAAGUGGCAUUCCCAACAUUGUGCCCAUCAGGCAAGAUUGUAGGCACACACGUAGAAAUAACAGCAAUUACAUGAGUCACAUCUUCACAAAUCCUGCUGCUUGCACAUUCCUGCCCUCCCAAAGAAUCCUUUUUUUGCCAAAAUGUUCAACAUAUUCACUUUGCUUUUUAAUUAAUUCAUCCACAGAAGCUAUUGUGACAGCAAAAGCUGCAAAAUCCUUAUUGAGUUACAGUUCUUAAGUGGGGCUUGCCUUCAUCCUGUUCACAAGCUUCCGUGGCCUUGCCCCUCCCUAUCACUCCACUGCCUUAACCUUUCAUAUUCUUGUUUUUAAUUGCUCCUUUCUUUCUGCAUUCUUGCAUAUCCAUUCCUUGUCAAAGCAUUGUGUCCCAUGUAGUGCGGUUGAGCAUUAGGAGCAGCUAGUCCAUUGUUGAUUGGUGGCUGAGAUUUAUAUCCCUCUGGUACCCUUGAUGCUAGGGAUGACCUGCCGCUGUCUCAGUUAAAUGCCUGAUUAAUUGAUAUUUAAUACAGGUUGGCCUUCCUGAAGAGAGAUGGCAUGGAGUUGCUACCAGGUCGAAGGCAAGAUCUCCACCACCUGUAAUAAAUUAUGUUCAAAUUAUCCACUAAGUUGAAGCACUUCUUCAAAAUUGUUGAACCUUGUUUUUAACUUUUCUGUUCAUAGGGAGUAUCUUUUCAUAACAGUCAGAUAUUAGUUGCUAUGACUCCUGUUGUGGACUAGAAUAAACCCCCUCAAACAAUGCAGAAGAUAGUCUACAUCUUAAUUUUUUUUAACUUUAAAGGUAAACAUAAGGUGUUGCAUUCCAGAUGCAAUUUGCUUGGCCAAACUACUGAGUUUAAAGCAAAAUGCACUCUAUUCAUCCAAUACAGUUAAAAUACAACAAAAGAAGGAAUUGUGAAUAAGUUAGCUUUAUUGGAAAACCAAACAGUAACUACUAUUAAUUAACUGUGUCAGCAUAUUCAAAACACAGAUUGUCUCAUAUACAGCUCCUGUAGCAGCACAGAAUACCAACUUAACCCAGAGAGGGAAAGAAUGGCUUUCACUUCUUCAAGACCCUAUCAGCAACUGCUGAAAGCUAAAGAUUUUGGUUCUCUGGGAGCUUGGCCACACCCACUCAGGCUGCUUCUAUUGUUCCAACUCUAAAAAGAAACCCUAAGGUCUCUCCAGCUGUUUACUCCCUUACAGACCACUUGGCGCUCUCAUGCAAUCUCACUUUUUAAAAAAAGACAAAGUAAUCUUUUAAAGCCACAACAUUGUCACACCCUUUAAUCUCACAACCACAAUCUGACCUCUUUCCCACCCUUUUCUAACACGACAGUUCUCCAAUCCUCAUCCGUUCACAUGCAAUCUAAACAAAAUAUCAUUUGGGUUAAUCCAGUCUACGCCCAUCUAAAUAUGAAACCCCAAAGAACCAUCAAUCUUUUUAAACCCCAAUGCAUUUUGCACCCUAGCUCCCCACCUCAUCAUUUCCACGCGCUAGCUUACAAAAUUGUUUUUACUAAUGACUCGUAUAUUCCUGAUGAAGGGCUUAUGCCUGAACCGUCGAUUCUCCUGAGCCACGGAUGCUGCCUGACCUGCUGUGCUUUUCCACAUUUUUAACUCUGAUUCUCCAGCAUCUGCAGUCCUUAUUUUCUCCUAAAAUCUUCUUUUUGCCAUAUAUCAACCUUAAACCUGUGAUAAAACUUCUUAUCUAAAUAUAAACCCAAUCACUCCAGUCCCUAAUUAAUGUGCUGUACAAAAACAGUAAUUAGCUUUUAGUGGUUAAUUGGUUCAGAGAUUAUAUUUGCAAGGAAAACUCCCCUGGUCUUUUCAAAUCAGUGGCAUGGGAUCUUUUACAGUUGCCUGAAAGAACAGGCAGGGAUUGAAUUCAGGGUCUCACGUGAAAGUUGGCACUAUCAUCCUUCCUCAGGACUGCAACGGGGUGUCAGCCCGGAUCUGGGCUUAAGGCUGUGAUGUCAUAUUUGUACCUGUAAUAUUCUGACUCAGAAGACGGUAUAGUGUAAUUCAGUAUGCAAAGGAAACUGGAGGUUUAUUUGCAGUUCAAGUCCAGUGACAGGUCAAAAACCCCUCAGCUAGACAUUCUGAAUACAGUGAAAAAAUCAAAUUCUGGAGAUCACAGCGGGUCAACAAAAUGUUAGCUUGCGCUUUCUCUCUGUCUCUCCAUGGAUGCCGUCUGACCCGCUGUAAUCUCCAGCAUUUGUUGUUUUCAGCACAGAUUCCGGGAUCUGCAGUAAUUUGCUCCCAGCUCCUGAAUAUAGGAUGCUUCCUGAAUUGCCUAAACUACUCUGACUAGCUAUUGAUCAUCUCCAUUGCUCUGGGCUUUUCCACUUGACAAUCAAGGUUUAAUAAGUCAGUCACGAAUACAAGCACACCACUGGUGUACAUUCUCAACUAUAACUAUAAAGCAAGCAGAGAUAACAGUGGCACAGUGAAAUUGUCAUUUGUACAGUAAUCUAGAUGCUUAGGGUAAAGCUCUGAAAGCAGGGAUUUUGCUCUGCAGUCGUAGUGUCCCUACGUCUGGUCCAGUGAGUUGUACUAACAAUUGUGAACACUGAAAGUAUCCAUGCAAAGCAGAGAGGUUACAUUAAAUCUGUAGAGAUUUUUGGUUUGAUCGCAUUCAGUACUACAUAGAGGUCUGUCUCUGUAAGAAAAAUAUAAAGGUACUGGUGAAGAUGUACAAUCCUGAAAACAGGCUGAGAGGUUAUGAUUAUUCUUGAAAACAGAAGAAUGAGAAGAUAAUCUGAUGGACGUCUUUUUACGUACGAAGGGACCUAAAUAUUCAGGGGCAUGUGACUUCUGAGAAGGACAGGCAGGUAAGAAAGAUGGUGGGGUCGCUUUGUAAAUAUAGGAUAGAACUAAAAUGAUAGCAAGGAAUGAUCUUGAAUUGAAAGAUGUAGAUUCCAUAUGAUUGACGUAAGAAAUAAUUGGAAGAAGUCACUCAUGGGAGUAGUUGUUUGGUAGGAUAGAGAAUAAAUCAGGUUAUAAUGAAUAUGUGUUUUUAAAAAAAUGUAGUACAUUAAUCAUGGAUGACUUUAAUUAUCACAUAGAUUGGGAAAAUCAAAUUGGUAGACUUAGCCAUGAGGAAAAGUGUAUUUGGGAAGACUUCCUCGAGCAAUAUGUUGUGGAUCCGGCCAGGGAUUAAGCUGUUUUGGAUCUGAUAAUGUGGUAAUCAGGCGUGUUUAAAAAAUGACCUCCAGAGUAACAAAUGAUCUCCCUGUUUCCUUGGGAACAGAGACCAUAACAUGGUAGAAAUUAGCAUGCGGUUUGAGAGGGAGAAACUCAGGUCAGAGACAGUUGCGAUAAACUCAAAUAAGAGCAAUUGGAAUAGAAUGAGAAGUGAGCUUGCUGGAGUGGACCGUGUAAGGAAUUUAGCAGCAGAGACAGUGUAAGCACAACGGCAGAAGAUAGUUUAAGAAGAUAGUUGAUGUCUCAUAGCAAAGAGAUAUUUCAGCAAGAAAGAAAAAUUUCAGGAAGGGGUAGUUAUCCAGUGAAGGUAAGGACAGCAUCAGAUUGAAAGAAAAAAAUAGUGUAGCAAAGAUUGGUGGUAAGCUAAAGGAUUAGAGAAGUUUUAAAAACCACCAAAAAAGAAGAAAAUAAUGUUGAUUGUAAACUUGCUAAUAAUAUCAAGUCAGACAGCAAAAGCUUCUUUAAGUGUAUAAAAUAGCCUACUUCUAAUUCUACAUCUUAUCCCUCUUAUGGACUUGAUACAUCAGAUUUAGAGAGAGAAAGUUUGUAUUUCAGGGAAAUUCCUGGGCUCAAAAAUCUGAGAUAGUCAUUAAUAAAUCCAAUAAGGAAUUGAAGUCUUCAUCCAAGAAUGGGGAGAGGUGGGUGACAUGGAACAUGGUGUGAUGUGAAAUGGUUUUGGCAAAUAGCAUAGGUGUGUUGAAGUGAAACAUAGAUAAGUACAGAGAGCAGAAAGGAAUGUAAGGGUACACUUAGAGAAUUAGGUUGGCAGUUCUAGUUUCACCCACUGCAUGUUUGGGCAAUUAUCCAGCAGGCAUCAGUGGAGAGGGCAAGGAGCACGGAAUGCCCUCUCACCACCUCAUUAAAUGGUCCUUCUCCCACCCCACCUCACCCCAGCACACAACUAUGGCACUCAGCUGCUGAACUCUCUGAUCGAUCCUUCACCUCCUGGCUCUCCCCAAGACUGAAGAGCAGCUUUAAAGCAGACCGCGGGGAGUUGCAUAAUGUCCAGGGUUGACCUGCAAUCUACAUCCAUUGAAGAUGAAUUAUCCAGACAUUCCUGUGAGCAACUCGGUGGAGGGGGGUGAGGGGGGAAUCAUCAUUAAGGCAUUAAAGAGGAGGGUGUGUUUGAUUUGAUUUUCUUUACACACAGUUUCCUUUGUUCGUCAUCAGGACUUAUACACUAAAUGGUAAGGUCCUCGGGAGUGUUGCUGAACAAAGAGACCUUGGAGUGCAGGUUCAUAGCUCCUUGAAAGUGGAGUUGCAGGGAAAUAGGAUAGUGAAGAAGGUAUGCUUUCCUUUAUUGGUCAGAGCAUUAGGUGUGGAAGUGGGGAAAUCAUGUUGCAGCUAUACAGGACAUUGGUUGGAAUGCUGCGUUCAAUUCUGGUCUCCGUGUCUUAGGAAAGAAUUUGUUAAACUUGAAAGGAUUCAGAAAAGAUUUACACGAUGUUGCCGGGGUUGGAGAGUUUGAGCUACAGGGAGACCUUCAGUCCAACACGUCCAUGGCAACGAGAUAUUCUAAAUUAAUCUAGUCCCCUUUGCCCAUAUCCCUUUAAACCCUCCCUAUUCGUAUAUCCAUCCAGAUACCUUUCAAAUGUUGUAACUGUACCAGCCUCCACCCCUUUCUCUGGCAGCUCAUUCUAUACACGUAGCACAUCUGUGUAAAAAAAGUUGCCCCUUAGGUACCUUUUACGUCUUCCCCUCUCACCUUAAACUUAUGGCCUCUAGCUUUGGACUCCCUUAACCCACAUGAAAAAUCUUGUCCAUUUACCCUAUCCAUAACCCUCAUCAUUUUAUAAACCUCUACAUGGUCACCACUCAGCUUCCGACGCUCCAGGGAAUUAAGGUGAGGGGAAAGAUUUAAAAGGGGAUCUAACGGGCAACUUUUUCACUCAGAGGGUGGUGUGUGCAUGGAAUGAGCUGCUAGAAG